AUGUCUAGCAAGCCAGGAGAAGAGUUCGAAGUUCGCCAGACCUCGACAUCUGAGGAUUACACACCUGAUCCUUCCAAGUCGAUCAAGCUCAGUCCCCAGCGCCAGGCCUUGAUUGACGAUAUUAUCGCCCUUUACUCCUGCGAACCCACAGUUCGAAGAGUCGAGCGCUAUACGGCAGACUGCCUAAUAGUACUUCAGGUCUACGCCAACGAUCGUUACAAGAUGGCCGGACAAUGGUUUGCUCUACCCAAGCUCUUCAAGGCGAGCAAGAACGAGCGUUACGAGAUCAUCAAGAACGACAGAGACUUGAUCCAGUUCAAGAAUGAGCAGUCAUGGACCUUCAAGAUCAUCCCCAAGACCGCUACCAUCAACGCACUCGUGUCGUUGUCUCUCGACCCCGACACCGUAGACUCGGACUUUAUCCAAGUCAAAUAUCAUAAGGAUCAGGCGAACGACAAGGACUACUCGCACGAAGGGCUAGGUUUCUCAUUCAAAAAAUGGCAGGCAGAUAACGUUGUCAAGUUGAUGGACUCACCCGAGGUAGAACACUUCAUCAAGGACAAGGACGCGGCCAAGCUGCCAGUCAAGAAGUACGGCAGUGGAGACGAGAAGGGCCAAGCUCCUAGGCAGAGCUUCUAG